AUGGUUCUUAUUCUGCAGAGGCAGUCAAUUCAACAAUUUGGGGCUCUGCUUUUGUUGAUCGCGGAAGCUGUUCUUCUAAGCAUCGGUGAAGGUUCUAGCAAAGCUACUAGCAGUGGUGACCUCGAGCGAAUUCUUUUUUACGGAAUUGUCCCAGUUUCAGUUGCUUCUGUUCUUUCCGGUCUGGCUUCUGCUUUAUGUCAAUGGGCUUCUCAGGUCAAGAAGCACUCAUCAUACUUGAUGACUGUAGAAAUGUCUAUUGUCGGAAGUUUGUGCUUACUGUCUAGUACCUUCAAGUCUCCACCAGAUGGAGAAGCUAUCAAACGUCAUGGAUUCUUUUAUGGUUGGACUCCACUAACUUUGAUUCCAGUUGCAACCAAUGCUCUUGGCGGGAUUCUUGUUGGCCUUAUCACCAGCCUUGCAGGUGGUGUGACAAAGGGUUUUGUCAUUGUUUCAGCACUUCCUGUAACGGCGAUGCUGCAGUUCCUUUUUGAAGGAAAACCACCAUCGACGUUUAGUCUCAUGGCUCUUCCGCUUGUUAUCAAUAGCGUUUCGAUAUACCAGAAAUAUCCCUACCGAGUAAAAAAUAAGGAAGCCUAAUAACACCUGCAGGCAGGUAAGGAGAUUUCUCAGAGUGACCCCAAUUAUUAUAGUUUCCAUUCGUUUUUCCCAAGUUUUAAUGGGAGGGUUAACAGGAAUUUUAAGAAACAUGCAAAUGAAGAGGACAUAUUAUAUGUGCUUAAAAUUGGGAAUAUAAAGAAGCAAACGCUUUGAUGUAAGUCUGACCUCUUGGAACAGUGCAAAAUUGUA